AUGGUGAAGAAGUUGUUCGGUUUAGGACGGAGAAAGACCGAAGGCAAGACUGACUCUGGAAAUUCGGCAAGUCAAGACCCCACACGCACUUCGUCUUCGUCACCGUCUUCAUCUUCGUCUCCAGCAGUCGAAGAUUUAAACAUAAGAUCCUCUUCCGAUGACGAUGCAUCUAGCAGGGUCUCAUCGUCGAUUCAAUCAUCAUCUAUUUUUUCUAAGAGCAGGCUCACAUACAACACAGGUGGAUCAUCCACACGUACAGGAAGCUCGCAUGGGAAGAGCCGGAAAGAAGAGGAACCUAAUUUACACGAUAACGACAAUGUCGGAAAGCCCUUAAGAGUAUUGGACUUUGGAAGAAUAAGCUCUCUGAAUCCGGUUAUGGAGGAAGAAGAAGCUUCUAUCGCCAAAAGUGAAACCGCUCUUCAAGGGGGGAUUUUCAACGAGGAAGUCUCGAGCAGCGCGCAAAGGACCUCUUCUAAUCACAAUUUAUAUGCGCGGAAAGCCCCCGAAAAGAUUAUCAUAACUGUCGAUCAAGUUGAAAAUGAACUGAGGCUUCUUGAUGAAAAUCUUGUUAGUUUGAUGGACGAUAUUCACCAAAAUGUGACAAAUAUCUCAAAAGCUGUGAUACAAGCCAUCGAAUACUUCAAAAAGUUUCUUCCUGAAGCAGCUUUUGCGAAAGUUCCCUACAAAGUAUCCAUGAACAAGAGCAGUUCAUUAAGGCGUAUAACGAAGGUGGUUCUACAUUUCACUGAUAAUCUUCUGAUGUCUGAUGUUUUCAACAAUUCGAGAGCAAUUUUGGUAAAGAGAUUUAUGGAGUUUCUGAAAAAACUGAACAUUAACCCUAUAGAAGAUAACUAUGACUCGCAUACGUUGCCAUGUCCCAAGAACUUUUGUAUCGAUGAAGAUUGCGACCUUCCGAACAAAGAAAAAAUCUCGCUGAUAAUAGAGGAAAUAGCCCGAGCAGAUUCUGCUUCAAUCUCGGACCAGGACGGUGCUUUCAUCGCUCCAGUACUGAGGGGUUUGAGUAAAGUAUCAGCCGUAUUGACAGUUUUGUUCGGCCUUCCCAACCCACAACAUGGCCACUAUGAGAUGGUUAAGGCCUUGUACUCCCUCUUUCCCGACGUUCACUUCUAUUGCGUCAAAGAUUAUAUCAAGCCAUGCGCAGACAUCUUACCAUCUCGAGCUAAACCAAAGCCAAUGGAGAACAAAACUGUUCCUCAAUUUAUUCCGCCAUAUCGUCUGGUGACAGACUCCACGAAGCCCCCUAUUUCAAUGUCAUUGUCUUCAGAACAAAGCAAGAAUAUAACAGGAACGCUGGGCGGUUACAUCUACCCUCAGAUUGAAAAGUCUGAUACAACACUUUCACAGUUCACAGGUUCGACAUUUGCAAUAACUUGUGCCCAUGUUGUCUUGUCAGAAUCUCAAGACUACCCACAUGUUGCUGUACCAUCCACAGUUUUACAGAAGCAAUACAAAAAGGCCAUUCUUGAGGAAUCCCAAAGAUAUGCCCAAAAUUCUCCCGAAAGGUGCGCAUUUGAAGCAGAAGUUACAAGAAUAGAUCAAAAUUUGCAAUGGCAGGAUGAAAACCAAUUCGGCCAGGUAGUAUGGGGGGAAAGGUCGAUUAUCAACCAGCGUUUAUCUGAUUUUGCGAUUAUAAAAGUCAACCCUCUUUUGAAUUGUAUGAAUUAUUUAGGUGAUGACGUGAGCACUUUAGCCGAUCCCACGCUGCGAUUCCAAAACCUAUACGUGAAGGAAAAAGUUUUGCAGCUGAAGGCGGGUAUGGAAGUUUUCAAGAUCGGUGCAACCACGAAGUAUACUUCUGGGCGAAUCAAUGGUUCAAAAUUGGUGUACUGGGCUGAUGGCAAAAUUCAGAGUAGCGAGUUUGUCAUUUCAUCACCAUCGCCAUUUUUCGCUACGGGUGGAGACUCAGGAGCUUGGAUUUUGACUAAGCUCCCUGGAAGACUGGGUUUGGGUGUUGUUGGUAUGCUACACUCUUAUGAUGGUGAGCAAAAGCAGUUUGGGCUCUUUAGUUCAAUCGGCGAUAUAUUGGAAAGAUUGCAUGAUGUUACGGGAGUAUUAUGGGAUAUAGAUAAGCCAGUAGAUAAUUAA